AUGCAACUCCGCAACAUGGGAAGCGCUACCGCGCUCAGUCGCGGCCGCGUCACUGUCACGCCGGUGAAAUGCGUGGCCCGUCCGCAACAGAAGACGAAAAUUGCGAAUGGAGAGGUCAAGCUGAUGUCCUCUGCGGUGCCACUCUUCAGUGUUGCAGCCGUGGAUGCCAUCUAUCAAUAUCUUAAGCCUCAGGCAGAAUACUUUAACACUCUCAAUAUUCCUGAGGCCAUUGUGCACUGGGGUCAUCCGGGCAAUAUGGCCGUGGUGCUAUUUGCGAUGGGUGGCUACGGCGCCGCGUAUCUGGGCUGGCAAAUCCGGACGUCAACCGACGGGGAGGUAGUGGCGAGGGCUAAGGAAGCGCACCCUAAGCUCGCCGCAGGCAUGUUCUUCUUCUUCACCCUGGGGGCCUUGGGAGGGAUGCUGUCCCUACUCAUGCAGGGCAAGCCCAUCUUUGAGAGCCCCCACGUAUGGACGGGUCUGGUGGGACUGGGCCUCCUGGGCUUCCAGUCGUUGCUGCCGCUUGCCUUUGCGAGUGGUACCGGGGAGGCCCGCACUGCGCACGCUUACCUGGGUUCUGCCAUCAUGGCGCUAUUCCUGGUGCAUGCGGCGCUGGGCCUUCAACUCGGUCUCAGCUUCUGA